GUUGUGUUGACAUGCAGCAAUGGCGGCUUCUACUGCCAACGUGGAUGAGAUAACAGCGCAGUUAGAGGACUGUUUGUCAAAAUGUGGGUUUGAAGUCUCCCCUCUGAAGGUGGGUUGGUAUAACUCUCUGCUGCCUGCCUCCUUUCACCUGGCUUACCCAGAUGACACUCUGGCUGUGGUGGUGCUCAGCACUCCUUCCAUGUUUGAACAAGCCUUCCUGCCCUUCAUGGAGGAGAGGGGCUACCAGGGCCUGUCUGACCCCAUAGACCAGUGUGUCAAACACAAGGUGUCCUCCGCUGUCUCUCAGUGUUUUCCAGGACAGGAGGUUGAUGUGAGGUACGAUUACGAGCUGCUGCCCAGCAGGAAGCCGAAGUUCCUGGCACAGACUGCCGCUCAUGUUUCCGGGGCAGCUUUCUACUACCAAAAGUCAGAUGUCAUAGAUCAACCCUGGGAUGAAAAAAAGAUGUUCGGAGUGUGUGUGCAUCCAAAGUUCGGGGGCUGGUUUGCCAUCAGAGCCCUCUUGGUGUUUGGCGGUGUGCCGGUGGGCUCUGAGAUGGCGCAGCCUGUUCCUCCCGACUGUGUGCCUUCCAGAGAGGGCAGGAUACAGCUGCUGGAGGGCUUCAACUUUCACUGGCAGGACUGGAGCUACAGAAACAUCGUCCAUCCAGUCCAGACCUACUCUCAGAAACAGAGGGACUACUUUGCCACUCCUCCUGCUCAGCGGUUUGCUCUGCUUAAGUCUUGGGGCUUCCUGCCGAAGGAAAACGAUCAACCUGAAUCAACCUUAGACACACAGAGCCAGGUGAACGGACAUGGCUGACAGAGGAGGGCGGCUGUGCUGCGGAAGUAUUGCCCGUCUUCUCUCAGCACACAUCUCCUCUGCUGGACAGACUUUAGUUACAUUUCAGCUUUAUACACUACCUAUGUUAACACUACUGUGUUUAGGCAGCUCCUCUUAUGGGAAAUCGAAGACACUGUAUCUAUGCUUUAAAUGUCAGUGCUGUUGUUGAAAGCCUUGUGAGUAAGUUUAAACCGAUUAUUUAAGAUUAUUUAAGAAUUAUUUUGAAGAAUGCACUUGGUAUCCUUGCUGCUUACUGUAACACACAAACUAUAGAAUAUAAGCUGCAAUAGUGACCUCUGUGUCAUCUUUUCUAUCAUUUCAAUCACUCAAUAUCAACACAAGGGGCUUCGAGAAGCUCUGUAUCACCAGCCUGCCUUAAAUUUGUCGCCUGUAUCUUUCGUUACGAGAUGGUUCUUGAUCACAAAGAGAAUAAACAGUGCUGCUCUUUUUCUCA